AUCUGUAUAGAUUUGCCUAAAAAGUAUUUGUUAGACAGAAUGUGCAUUUUCUGUGGUUGCAAGCUCUUUGGUUUCUGUUUUUCUAACUGCUUGAAUAUGUCAGAGGUUUCUCUGCUAUGUAGUCAACUGCGGAUGUGUGUGUGCAUGUGGUUGGAAAUGUCUUUUUUCUCUCAUCUGCAUCUGGUGUCCAUUAGUGCUGGGAGUAUAAAACGAUUGCACUGAGAGAGGGAGCUCCACACAUAAGACAAUCUUUUAACACUCUUCCAGCUAUGGCUACAGUGCUGUGGAUCUGUCUGCUCUUUUUGCAGGGUUGUCUGCUUAUAAAUUCUCUGGACUGCACAGGUAAAAGUCUGGAAUGUGCUGGAACACAAGUUACAGAAGCUAAGAUUAAAGAUGAGCCUUUCCUAACUCUGGUGAGGGAACGAAGACAAGCUCAACACACUCAGCAGCCCGGAUCCUACUCAGUCAAAGGAUCUCCUAACACACUCAUCCAGAUUGACAGGUCAAGGAGACAUUUGAAUGCCAGUAAGAAGAAGCCCAGGCCUCGCAUUGGCUCUUACUCACUUCUUUCCCACAACUCUGAAACUAAUCCACUACAGGUAGUGAGGCUUUCUAAACAUAAUGAAGAUUUGUCCCAUCGGAACAUGUCUGGAUUAAAGUCAUCGAAGAAGAGGUCCAGAAGAAGUGCACCCAAGAGAAAGAAGAAUGUGAGGAAUAAAACCUGCUCAUGAGAUGCUCUUUGAAACACCAGACCCACACUUCUGCUGAACUUCCAAACUCAUCUUGGGACAAUGUACUCAACAAGAACAAACUGCGGAUAUGUAAUUACAGUUAAUGGGCCAGUCACACCGAAAUUAUGAAGUAAAUAAACAAAAACAACUUAAUAUAAACAUGUAUACAGCAUAUUAAGCUUUAAAACAUGCAUAUUGCUCAUUUAAAAUGUUUAUAAUUUAAUUAUAUUUUGUUAAUAUGACUCUAAAAAAUGUAUUAACUUCUAUACAUCUAUACACACUGCCUGAAAAAAGUGUAUCAGGAGCUUAAACUGACCACAUUUUAAAACGUGAGCAGAUCAACUUUCACAAUGAUGAAGAACUGCAGUGUCACAUAAAAUACAUGGUAAACCAAACUGAUGUUCUCUCUGCAGAGUAUCGGCAAGUUUUCCUUAAUACAGAUUAUUGCUUACUUUGUCUUCAUGAUAUACAGUUUAUGUAAUUCAUAUAAAACCAUUUAAUCAUUAAAUAUUUCAUGAUGUACAAUAUCUGCCCAUCUGAUGCAUAUUACACAUGGUGGUAAGUACUUUUGUUAACAGGCAAUCUGUAAUCUGACUGGCUGGCAAAGAGUCUUCAAAGAGUCAGGGUGCACAUGUUAUGUUAUCAAUACAUAUGGAAACAAAUCUGUGGCUUAUAGCUUAACAUGUUCGCCAAACAUCUGUGCAUAUACUUUUUCCAAUUCUGAAAAUGGAAUCAAGGAAAUGAUGAGAAGGGCUGGGAAUUCUCAGUGGUAACCAUGACAUAGAGAGAUGCACUAUUUCACUAUAUAUUGCACUCCUCAAGUCUAAUUCAUAGUGGAUUCCCAGUGACUGAAAAAAAAUGUAGAUUUGAAUUGUGCUUUUAUAAUAUGCUACAUUAUCCUUUAGCAAACAAACAAAAAUUACAAAUAAAAUGUUGUACUUUA